UCUCCCCCAUUGGCUCCAGCUGCACUAACUUCUCUUAUAUGUCUUUUAGGGUUGGCGACGACAGAGUUUGUUCCAGCGCAAGAAACGUGGCUACAAGUUGUCAAGCCUAUCUGCCUCAACAAGUUGUAUUUGUUAGUCUGACUAUUGCCAAAACCAAAAAAAAAAAAAAAAAAGGAAAAGGAAAGAGUCUAAACGUAGCGUUCCUAGACAGGGACAAAAAGGGACGAACAGAGAAACCAACCAAGACUUCUGGAAACUCUACUCCACUGUUGGACCGUGCUGUCAGCAUGACAGAGAAGCCUCCUCUGGACAGCAACGGGGAUGAGGCUUGGCUGAGCGAGGGCCAGUCUGAAACUCAGCUUACAACUGCACAAGGUCUAGACGGAGAUGAGACAUAUGAUGAAGACCGGCCAGCAUGGGACUCUAAGAUUCAGUAUGUGUUGGCCCAGGUAGGAUUCAGUGUGGGCUUAGGGAAUGUGUGGAGGUUCCCAUACCUUUGCCACCAAAAUGGAGGAGGGGCCUUCAUGCUGCUGUAUGUUUUUCUUUUACUGAUUGUGGGAGUUCCACUGUUUUUUAUGGAGUUGGCAGCUGGCCAAUGCAUUCGGCAGGGCAGCAUUGGUGUGUGGAAGCACAUCUCCCCAAAGCUGGCAGGGAUCGGCUACUCCAGCUGCAUGGUCUGUUUUUAUGUGGCUCUUUACUAUAAUGUUAUCAUUGCAUGGAGCCUGUUCUACAUGGGUAAUUCUUUUCAGUAUCCUCUGCCGUGGGAGCACUGUCCAGUCGAUGUAACCACCAAUGACACAGUGAAAGAAUGUGCAAGUUCUUCCCCAACGUCGUAUUUCUGGUUUCGGAAAGCCCUUAACAUCACAAAUUCUAUCGAAGAAUCCGGAGAGUUUAACCCCAUCAUGACCGGCUGUUUAUUGGCUGCUUGGACAAUUGUCUCUUUGGCUAUGAUCAAGGGCAUCAAGUCUUCUGCAAAGGUGAUGUACUUUUCCUCGGUCUUUCCCUAUGUGGUGCUCUUUAUUUUCCUCAUCAGAGGGUUGAUGUUGGACGGUGCGAUAGAUGGAAUCACCUAUAUGUUUUAUCCUAAACUUGAAAUCUGGGGUAAUGUGCAGGUGUGGCGGCAAGCUGCCACACAAGUGUUUUUUGCCCUUGGACUGGGCUAUGGCUCCGUUAUUGCGUAUUCCUCCUACAAUCCAGUCCACAACAACUGCCACAGGGACGCGCUGAUGGUCUCCGGCAUCAACUUCAUGACAUCUGUGCUGGCCUCACUAGUGGUUUUUGUCGUGCUGGGUUUCCGUGCCAAGAACAUCGCACUGCGCUGUGUUGCUGAAAAUCUUGGUCUUCUAAGCAUCAUGACAUCCUAUAAAUCUAACCAGAGCCUGGCUGGCCUUGGUUGGCCUUGGAUCAACGCGACAGAUCCAAGCUCUGUAUCUAUAGCUGAAUACAGACAGUGGUACAGUGACCACAGCGCCAUGGUGGGUCCUAACAUCACUGACUGCAGUCUGGAGGAGGAGAUGAAUAAGGGUGUUGAAGGGACAGGCCUGGCAUUCAUAGCAUUUACCGAGGUGAUGGCCCUUUUCCCUGCCAGCCCCUUCUGGUCCACACUGUUUUUCCUAAUGCUGCUCAACCUGGGCCUCAGCACCAUGUUUGGCACCAUGCAGGGAAUCCUCACACCUCUUAUGGACAACUUUAGCCUCUUGGGGCGCCACCGGACACUACUGACAGUGUCCAGCUGUGCUUUGGGGUUCUUAAUGGGACUGUUGUUCACCCAGCGUUCAGGCAACUAUUUUGUGACUAUGUUUGAUGACUACUCUGCAACUCUACCGUUAGUCAUUGUGGUAGUCUUUGAAACCAUUAGUGUGGCGUGGGUUUAUGGAACAGAUCGCUUCCUGGAUGACAUUGAAGUUAUGCUCAAAUGGCGUCCUCCAGUGAUUUACAAAUACCUUUGGAAAUAUGUUUGUUUACUAGCAAUGGUUGGUCUUCUGGCUGCCAGUUUGUUACGCAUGGUCUUCAAAGCACCCACAUACACCGCCUGGAAUGAAAGCACAGCCUCUGAGAUGACCCUUGAGUACCCCGGCUGGGCCCUUGCGAUGAUUGUCAUGCUUAUAGUUGUUGCCACCCUGCCUGUGCCUAUUGUCUACAUCAAUUUCAUGUUGAAAAACAGGGUCCGUAACUCUCGCUCCGAGGAGGUAGGCAGCCAGGAGGUGCAACGCGAGUUGUAUACAAAGUGCAGCUCCACAGAGCAGCUGGGUUCCAUUUCCCACCACCAAGUCCCUUCUGAAGAAGACGAGGAUCAUCCCAGGACUGCCUUCCUGCCGAUGGGCAACGAACACUACCAGCUCCUGCCCCAGCAGGAGGAGGAAGAUGAGGAACAAGAUACAGGAGUGUGAGCACAGCUAUGGGAGGGUAGACGUGUGUGCAAGGACAAAAGUUUAAAUAUUGAACCUCAGAGAGUAAUAGAGCAAGACUCUGCAAGAGUGAUUACAAAAUGAAGGGAGGGCGGUCAUAAACAGCAUCUUUUUAAUCUGAGUCUUUGGGUUCAACAAGCUCUACAUUGUUGACAAGCUAUUAUAACUAUUUAUAUUAUUGAAGGGACAUUUCCAGUGAAAUCAAAAGCUUUUUAGAUUCUGUAAAUAUGGAACUACUGCCCUCCGUUCAUUUUCUGAACCACUCAUGUAGUUCAGAAAAUAAAAACACUCUCAUAGUACAUGAAAAAAGGAAUAAGCUGCUAUAUUUGGUGAAACAAAGACACUAUGGAAGGUUUUAGAGGAGGCAAUUGACCAGCCACCAGCAUGUCAAAGUAGGUUUGUGUAUUGUUUCUGCUGGCCAUAUUUCAUGUGUGCUCAUAGUUGAGCUAUCCAGUGGCUGGCUAACUGAGGAAGGCAAGGACAGACAGAAAUUGUGCUUUAUGAUGAGUAUUUUUAACUAAAUUGCAAAUAUGGAUUUGCAUGAUAACAUUCUACCUUGAGGAACGUGUGUGUGUGUGUGUGUGUCUAUUUUAACAUUUGUGUUCAUUUCUGUUUUGAAUCAGUUUGCAUGUGAAAUGACAGAUGUUAUGAAUAACUUUAUUUGACAUUUUAUUUGUAUAAUUUUACCUCAUAGGACCACAGCAAUGUUUGUACGUGUGUUCUGUUGUAGCAGUAAUGUACUGUAGACGAGGACUUCAAUAAACCUCUAGAUGGCAGCAA